AUGCUUUGUCAUGAGCUUCUACCGUACCUGGAGUCGGAGCUCGACAAGCUGAAGGCAUUCUCCCUGACUCAUGUUAAGUUUGGCAGAGCUGUUCGCUGUCCAUGCUCGUUCAGCCGAGAUGCGUGUCGCAAACACAAGCAGAAGUCUUGUGAGGAGAUUGGCUGUCAACACUUUGCUCCACUGGUGGAGGGAUUGCGUCCACGCUGUACCAUUGGAGCACGUCCGUCAGUGGAUAUCAGUGAUGUGCGGCACUACUGGCCAUGCUUCUCUGGAGACACACACACGGUGGCGAGUAUGGAUGAGAAGGAUUGUUCGUCCGACCCAGUGACGGUCGUUAGAGAUGCUGCUGCAUGUUCGGGAGGUCAGCUACCUCCAGGCAAGUCUGAACCUGAGAGAGCAGCAUGCUAUCACCUAGCUUUGCACAAACACUGUGCCGCUGUCAAGAUCUGUUCUGAGAUUGAUGUGAGCGACUGCAUGGAAAGCUUGCGUGCUGAGGGCCAUGUGAGCACUGAGUGUGUCAAGGAGAGUCGAGCUAUUGUCAAGUCAAGUGGAAGCAAGAAAGCCAUCAGUCACCUGUGCACUGUCUUGGAGGAUCUCUCGGACACUGCCAUGUGCUACGUUGUGGAGGAUAUCCUGCCGUCGCAAGGUCUGUCACAGCUCGUGGAGACAUUCCGUGUGUGUCCUGGUCCUGGAAAGUGUUCACUACAUCGCAAUGACCUGCAUCCUGUAUCAGUGUGUUCCAGUGACAAGACACUGUCCAUGCAGACUAUUGUUGAUGCCUCCCAGACUGGUCAUGUCAAGAGUAGUCAACUUGAGACUGGGAUGUCUGAGCUUCACCAGGAAGUACUGCGUUCAAGCUAUGUGGAGUUGAAGUGCAGUUUGGACGUAGAAGAGGGCAUUCUAGACCGUCUCUAUGCAGAGAGCAUCAUCACCCAGCGCUUCUGCAAGAAACUCCGUGCUAUGGAUGAUCGUGAAGACCAGGCGUCUGUCUUCUUGGAAGCACUGCCGGGCUGUGGCAAGCAGGCGUUCCGUCAGUUUGUAUCCGCUCUGAAAGAGAGUGAGAAGCUGGCCCACCAGGAGCUUGCUGAUCUCCUCCAGUUGAAGCUACUGGAGAUAUCCUCUGGAUUGUGAAGGUUACUCUGCUGGUGGACCCGCCAUGAGCUGCUAUGUACCCACAAUGAGCUGUAUCAGUGAAUGGUGUGUGCAGACUCUACUGAACGAUCGUAUUGUUUCUGAUCAAGUGUGUUCAGGUAUUCCAAGACGUUUUCCAGUUGUGUUUCUUUUACUCUGUUUUGAGAUUUUGUCUGGCAUUCUAACUGAUGUAGAUAUGAUUGAAUUACACUUUCCUUUGUGCUGUAUUAUUGCUAGAAUUAAUUGCUCAGUGAAAUGGUUGAAAAUGCAAGUUAGAGUGUAAUGAAAUCCACACUCUACUACACUGCUAGUAUGUAUUUGCUAUCUAUAAUGUGUAUGCUUUGCUUCGUUGCACGGAAACGUGAUCCCUUUUGGGCUACAUUUUGAGCUGCUCAGCUGCGCUGAAGAGCGUAACUGUUGGUGGCUUAAUAUAAUUUUAUUAUGAUUCUAUGAGUUUGGAAAAAGUAGUGCGAGCUCCGGUGUGGGGAGCAAACCCUUUUCUUAUUCUAUGAGUUUAUUGAUUUUACAACCUUUUGUGCGAUUUCUCUGCGUAUCGUUCAAAUUUACAAGAGUACUGUCUGUUUCAUGAUUUCAAUACUAUCGGAUAUCCUUCAUUCACCUUUCCUUUUAGCAGAGCUCAUAGUUUUUACUCUCUUGACAUUAGCCUAUGUUCUUUCUGCGCUUGUAGUCUGAGUAGCCGAAAAACUUACUCAGCGGCAUAUUCACGUCUGAAAGUUGCAUUGCCUGAGAUUAUGGAGAGUUACUCGGAUUGCAAGAAGUUUGUACUGACGUA